CCACGUUUGUUAUAAGUGUUCUAAAAUUUGUUUAAAAUUUUUACACUUGAAAUUCGAAAUUGACAAAACAUAUAGCAAAUGAUUUUUCUCAAACUAUUAUUACUUUUACUUAUUCAAUCUGGAUUCUGUGAAGAUAAAAGCACAAAGCCAGAAACAUCAGGAGUAAUAGUGGGGAUUGAUUUAGGAACAACAUACUCAUGUGUUGGCGUUCAUAAGAACGGCAGAGUCGAAAUAAUUGCAAAUGAUCAAGGAAAUCGUAUUACUCCUUCAGUUGUUGCAUUUACUCCUGAUGGUCAAAGACUGAUUGGUGAUGCAGCUAAAAAUCAAUUAACGAUUAAUCCAGAAAAUACCGUUUUUGAUGCAAAACGAUUAAUUGGGCGUAAAUGGGAUGACGCUACUGUACAAAAUGACGCCAAAUAUUUUCCUUUUAUAGUAAAAGAACAAAAUGGUAAACCAUAUAUUCAGGUGAAAGUAGGAGAUGAGGAAAAAGUUUUUGCACCUGAAGAAAUAUCAGCUAUGGUUUUAACAAAAAUGAAAGAAAUUGCCGAAGCAUAUUUAGGCCAGAUAGUAACAAAUGCUGUGAUAACAGUUCCAGCUUAUUUUAAUGAUGCUCAAAGACAGGCCACCAAAGAUGCUGGAGCUAUUGCUGGUUUAAAUGUUAUGAGAAUCAUCAAUGAACCAACUGCUGCUGCAUUGGCAUAUGGCUUAGAUAAAAAAUCUGGGGAGAAAAACAUAUUGGUCUUUGAUUUGGGAGGUGGAACUUUUGAUGUAUCAAUAUUAACUAUUGAUAAUGGUGUAUUUGAAGUUGUUGCCACUAAUGGAGAUACACAUUUAGGUGGUGAAGAUUUUGAUCAUAAUGUAAUGGAAUAUUGUAUGAAAUUAUUCAAAAAAAAGACUGGAAAAGACAUUUCCAAAAAUAAUCGUGCUGUUCAAAAGUUGAGACGAGAGGUUGAGAAGGCUAAAAGAACUCUUAGUAAUUCCCAUCAAGUCAGAAUUGAAAUUGAAUCCUUUUUUGAGGGUGAAGAUUUUUCAGAAACCUUAACAAGAGCCAAAUUUGAAGAACUUAAUAUGGUCAUGUUUAAGUCUACUCUCAAACCAGUGGAAAAGGUCCUUCAAGAUGCUGAUCUUAAAAAGACAGACAUUGAUGAGAUUGUUUUGGUGGGUGGGUCUACGAGAAUUCCCAAAAUUCAAGCCCUCGUCAAGGAGUAUUUCAAUGGUAAGGAACCUUCUAGAGGCAUUAACCCGGAUGAAGCUGUUGCUUAUGGGGCAGCUGUUCAGGCUGGAGUUCUGUCUGGGGAAAGUUCCUCUAGUGACGUUGUACUGUUGGAUGUCAACCCACUGACUAUGGGCAUAGAAACGGUUGGUGGAGUGAUGACUAAACUCAUUCCCAGGAAUACAGUUAUUCCAACAAAAAAAUCACAAGUUUUUUCGACAGCUGCUGACAAUCAAAACACUGUCACUAUUCAAGUAUUUGAGGGUGAACGCCCCAUGACGAAGGAUAACCACUUGCUUGGCAAAUUUGACUUGACUGGCAUACCCCCUGCCCCUCGAGGUGUUCCUCAAAUUGAAGUAACUUUUGAGAUUGAUGUGAAUGGAAUUCUCAAAGUGUCUGCCGAGGACAAGGGAACCGGAAACAAGGAGAAGAUUGUCAUUACAAAUGAUCAAAGUCGUCUUUCUCCAGAGGAUAUUGAAAAAAUGGUCAAAGACGCCGAAAAGUUUGCCGACGAGGAUAAGAAACUUAAAGAGAGAGUGGAAUCUCGCAACGAGCUCGAAUCAUACGUUUAUUCACUCAAAAAUCAGAUAUCAGAGACAGGUGAAGGCAAAUUGGGUUCUAAAUUGUCGCCCGAGGAAAAAUCGGCUAUUGAGAAGGCUGUUAAAGACGGGAUAGAGUGGAUGGAGAGUCACAAAGAUGCCGAACCUGAAGAGUACCGGGAAAAGAAGAAGGAGGUCGAGGGAGUAGCCCAACCUAUUAUAACCAAGCUUUAUGGGGCUCAAGAAGGAGGGAAGGCCCCUCCACCCCCAGAGGGUGACUCCGAAAAGGAUGAAUUGUAAUGUUCGCAUGGCUGGGAGAAUGGGAGUUGAUUGAAUGAGCAUAACAAUGUGUAGAAAAUUAUAAUUUAUUAAUUAUAUUUUAAACUAUAUUUUAUGAAUUAAAAAUAAUUGUAGAUAAAAAAAUUAACAUUUCCACUUGUGAAUAUUUCGUUAAAUUUAACUAUGGAUGUAAUAUUUUAUUGAUUGGGAUAUUAUUUAAUUUUGUCUUUUCUUUUUAAAUGAUUUUAAUGUCGAAUAUUUGUGACACAAAUUUUAUUUAAAAAUAAGUAUAAAUAACAAAUUUAAUGUCUGUGUUUUAUAAUAAAAUGAUUAAUUUUUA